GCCGGUGCCACCGCAUUCGCAUAAACGCUUCUCGGCUCUCGCGACGCGUACGAGCUUUCAGUUGUCAAGUAACAAGAGUUAGAGGCAAACCACCAGAUCAACAUGAGGGAGAUCGUUCACAUCCAGGCCGGUCAGUGCGGAAACCAAAUUGGAGCUAAGUUUUGGGAAAUAAUCAGUGACGAGCAUGGAAUUGACCCGACCGGCGCCUACCAUGGAGACUCUGAUCUUCAGCUGGAGAGGAUCAACGUCUACUACAAUGAGGCGUCAGGAGGAAAAUACGUCCCUCGUGCGAUCCUUGUUGAUUUGGAGCCUGGUACCAUGGACUCCGUUCGCUCGGGACCAUUCGGUCAGAUCUUCCGACCGGACAACUUCGUUUUCGGUCAGAGCGGUGCCGGAAACAACUGGGCGAAGGGUCACUACACCGAGGGCGCUGAGCUGGUGGACUCAGUUUUGGACGUAGUGAGGAAGGAGGCCGAGAGCUGCGAUUGCCUGCAAGGUUUCCAGCUGACGCACUCUCUUGGAGGCGGAACCGGAUCGGGAAUGGGCACCCUGCUGAUCUCAAAGAUCCGCGAGGAAUACCCCGACAGAAUAAUGAACACCUACUCGGUCGUACCGUCGCCAAAAGUGUCCGACACCGUAGUCGAGCCCUACAACGCCACCCUCUCAGUCCACCAGCUGGUAGAAAACACCGACGAGACAUACUGCAUCGACAACGAAGCGCUGUACGACAUCUGCUUCCGCACCUUGAAACUCUCGACCCCGACGUACGGUGACCUCAACCAUCUAGUGUCCCUCACAAUGUCCGGAGUUACGACCUGCCUCAGAUUCCCGGGUCAGCUCAACGCCGAUCUCCGCAAACUCGCCGUCAACAUGGUUCCGUUCCCUCGUCUCCACUUCUUCAUGCCCGGUUUCGCUCCCCUCACAUCUCGCGGUAGCCAGCAGUACCGUGCGUUAUCGGUACCCGAACUCACCCAGCAGAUGUUCGACGCCAAGAACAUGAUGGCCGCUUGUGACCCACGUCACGGAAGGUACCUCACAGUCGCCGCGAUAUUCCGAGGAAGGAUGUCGAUGAAGGAAGUAGACGAGCAAAUGCUGAACAUCCAGAACAAGAACAGCUCGUACUUCGUCGAAUGGAUUCCCAACAACGUCAAGACUGCAGUGUGCGACAUCCCGCCCCGUGGUCUUAAGAUGUCGGCGACCUUCAUCGGCAACUCGACUGCCAUCCAGGAACUGUUCAAGCGAAUUUCCGAACAGUUCACCGCCAUGUUCAGGAGGAAGGCUUUCCUCCAUUGGUACACAGGCGAGGGUAUGGACGAGAUGGAAUUCACCGAGGCUGAGUCUAACAUGAACGACUUGGUGUCCGAGUACCAACAGUACCAAGAAGCCACCGCUGACGAGGACGCCGAGUUUGACGAGGAACAGGAAGCCGAAGUUGACGAGAACUAAAGCGUCGCCCUGGCCUUAGACACCCUAAUCCCACCCAUCCCUUCUCCCCUAAAAGCUUAUUUUUCAUUUUUUACUUCUCCUCUUAUCGUCAUUAUAAAUUUUUAUUUUCCUUUCACAUCUUCCCCCUUACCUGUUAUUAUUAUUGUUUUUUUCUUCGCUAUUCUUCUAUAUACCGACUCGUUUGUUAUCACACAACCAUGACAGCAGCCAGGACGCGCCGCGCUUUACUACCUUCAUCGGUUUUCUCCCAACUUCCCCCUUGUCUUAUCGCCCCUGUUCACACCUGUACACAACACCUGUAUAAAAAAAACCCAUAUAUACGUACGAUGGGUUUUUUUUUAUGUAACUGUUCGGCGGAAUGUUUUCUGUAAAGAUCGACGACGCUUCUUGAGAGAGACAGAGAAAGCGUUUGUUUUUUUUUAAUGUUCUUUUUUUCUCAUCGUUGAAAAAAAAAUAACAAUAAUUUUCAUAAUAAAGACAUCAUUACAAAUAAUAAUUAAAUAAUUGUCUUUUUUUGAAGGUUGCAUUAUUUUCUCAAUUCUUUCGUCUUUACAAUUUAUAUACAAAACGUUUAACGUAUAGCAAAAAAGACAGGCGCGCUUGUCAGCCAGCUUUAUUAAUAUUGGAAAAAAGGUCCUUUUCUAUUUGGUAUAUUAGUUGUACGUAUAAAUAUAUUGUAUAUUUCUCUGUUGUAAAAACCAGCAACACAUUCCGAAUAAAACUAUAUAGGUAUCGUUACUACCGUGUAACAAAGACUGACGCCUUGUGUUUUGUACUUUUCUCUUCGUCUUCUUCAUAAGUUUUUUUUUCAUAAAUAUUUUAAAUUCUGGUUGCUUUAGCGCGUCUUGUAUUUACCACCCUACAAUUGUAGUAUCAUCAGCGAGAUUGCCACAAUCUUAUAAUAAAUUAUUACAAAAUAAAAAAUACAUUUUAUUAACACGUAA